UGCCACCUCUAGUGCCUGCACGUGUGAACGAAACGAAAACAUUGAUAAAUGCGCCGUUAAACUGCCAGAAUAAAGCGAAAAUGGGUAAACUAAACGUGACAGUGCUGCGCUACCUCACCAAGGAGGACUUCCGCGUCCUCACCGCCAUCGAGAUGGGCAUGAAGAACCACGAGCUGGUCCCCGGACCCCUGGCCGCUGCCAUUGCGAAUCUGAAGACGGGUGGUGUCCACAAGCUGCUCAAGGAGCUGUGCAAGCACAAGUUGCUGGCCUACGAGCGCGGAAAGAAGUAUGAUGGCUACCGCUUGACCAACACGGGCUACGAUUACCUGGCUCUGAAAUCGCUCACCUUGCGCGGAUCGGUCAGUUCCUUUGGCAACCAAAUUGGCAUUGGCAAGGAGUCCAACAUCUAUGUGGUGGCCGACGAGGAGGGCACUGCCAUCUGCCUGAAACUCCACCGAUUGGGACGCACUUGCUUCAGGAACGUAAAGGCCAAGAGAGAUUACCAUGGUCGCCGGCACAAGGCCUCCUGGUUGUAUCUAUCCCGCAUCUCGGCCACCCGCGAGUUCGCCUACAUGUCGGCGCUCUAUGAUCGCGGAUUUCCGGUGCCCAAACCCAUCGAUUUCAAUCGUCACUGCGUUCUAAUGGAUCUCGUCAAAGGAUGGCCCAUGACCCAAGUUCAAGAGCUGCUGGAUGCUCCACAGGUGUACGAUGACCUCAUGAACCUAAUUGUCCGUUUGGGAAAUUCUGGCGUUAUUCAUGGCGAUUUUAAUGAGUUCAAUUUAAUGGUUACCGAUGAUGGCAAGCCCAUACUGAUUGAUUUCCCUCAGAUGAUGUCCACCUCGCAUGAGAAUGCGGAAUUCUUCUUUGAUCGCGAUGUUAACUGCGUGCGCGAAAUGUUCCGUCGCAAAUUUGGCUACGAAAGCGAAGACUACCCCAAGUUCAGCGAUCUGGUGCGCGAGGAUGAACUGGAUGCUGAAGUACGUUGUACGGGCUUUGGCUUUACGAAGGAAAUGGAGCAGGAUCUUCUCGAGGAAUACGGAAUGAUAGAGCAGGCAGAUGAGGAUAGUGAGGAAGAGAAUGUUGACGAGGAGGAGGAGCCUCCCACUCUUGUUACUUCGGCUGCCGUAGAGAUUGACGAGUAUCGACGUCAGGUGGAGAACGAGGUGACUUACAGCGAGGCCAAGCCAACUCAGAAGACAGAUGACGCAGUGCGUCGCUACAUUGAAUCGUGUACGCAAUAUCUGGGCAAUCUGAACGUGGGUCCAGAGGUUCCCGAUCAAACGCUGCCCAAGAAAGUAGAAAUUUCUCUACCCGUAGAAGCUCCAAAAGUCAUCCCAGUCGAAGUGGAAACCCCAGUUGUAGAAACUGCAACGGAAGAUGCUAGGUCCAUUAGCUCAAACGACUUGGAUACGGAUGAAGUGCCCGAGUUAGCUGGCCUCGAUCCCAACUCUCGCAUGUAUCGCCUUAAAAUGGUCGAGCAAAUGCUGAAUGAUGCGAGAAGUCAGCGGUCCUACUCGACCACAACCAGUACAAUAGCUCCCUCGGUGAUCACCGACCGGAUACGCAAGAACAUGGACGUUAAGGAGAAGCGGGAGCAGCGAAAGAAGUGCGUUGCAAAGGGUGAAGCCAGUGCUGUCCAUCGCCACCGCAAGGAGAACAAGGAUGUGGUAAAAGAAUACGCCGGCUGGGAUUUCUAG